AUGGCCGUCAGUCACAGGGCGGACCAAUCAGACGGCGACACGCUCGGGGCGGCUGAUAACCCACGUGUAACCCGCGGUGUCACUCUCUGUGUGUCUCUGUCUGUAUCUCUCUCUGUCUCUCUGUUUUCUUUGCAGUUCGAUCAUCGCGAGUUUCCAGGCGUUGUUCCGAGAACUUUCCUGGGGCCACUGUUCAUUUGCUGCUUGUCUGCUCCGGCAGCUGCUGUGCUCUCAGCCCUCGACCUCCCCAAGUUUUACUCUCAGCUUCUAGUGCGAGGAUGUCUGGGCCUAUGUGUGAUUUAUGGACUAUGGAAACUUCAGAAAGAAGUUAGGAGACAGUUUGGUUCAACGGUGGCUUAUUUUUUCUGUUUGAUCACCGCCACCCAGUUUCAUCUUCUCUUCUACUGCACAAGAACCCUACCAAAUGUCUUUGCACUUCCUCUUGUUCUAUUGGCGUUUACUGCUUGGAUACAGCAGAACUAUGGUAUCUUCAUCUGGCUUUCUGCCUUAGCUAUCAUUGUGUUUCGAUCUGAACUAUGCAUAUUACUGGGCCUCAUGUUACUACUAUCAUUAGUGAACCACCGGAUUUCUAUCUUCAAAAGUCUGUACCACGCAGUACCAGCUGGGUUUGUAUGGCUGGGUCUGUCAGUGUGUGUGGAUUCUGUAUUUUGGGGACGUCUUCUAUGGCCUGAGGGUGAAGUACUUUGGUACAACACAGUCAUGAAUAAGAGUUCGGAAUGGGGAACAUCCCCCUUUUUCUGGUAUUUCUAUUCGGCACUGCCCAGGGCUCUCGGCUGCAGUGUUAUUUUUCUUCCUCUGGGAGUUCAGGACCGGAGGUGCUGGAGUUUACUCUUCCCGACACUUGGCUUCAUCUUUUUAUAUUCAUUCCUACCACAUAAGGAAUUGCGCUUCAUAAUCUACACGUUUCCCAUCUUGAAUGUGGUAGCAGCAAGAGGUUGUUCAUACAUAAUGAAUAACUACCGGAAGUCCUUUCUGUGUAAAGUGGGCUCCUUCAUUGUCAUUAAUCAUCUAUUGGCAAAUGCUUUUAACACUGGGAUUUCACUAUAUGUGUCCCACUACAAUUAUCCUGGAGGGGUCGCAAUGCAAAAGUUGCAUGAAACUGUACCUCCGACAAGAGCUGUUUCAUUGCACAUUGAUGUGGCUUCUGCACAGAGUGGAGUGUCCAGAUUUCUAGAACUCAAUGAAAACUGGAGGUAUGACAAAAGGGAAGAUAUUAAACCAGGAGAUAUCGAGUUUGAUGCAUAUACGCACAUUUUAAUGGAAAUGAACUCAACUCAUGUAUCACGUUACAGAAAUACACAUAGGAUAUUACUGAGUAUUUCUGCAUUCAGGGGAAUUGGAUUUAAUAUAUCUGAAUUUCCUCCCAUUUAUGCUAAACUUGAAACGACAUUGGUUAUAUUAGAAAAAAUACACAGCAGAUCACUUCAUGAGAAUGUAAAGAGGAAAGCAUAAGAAAAAAAUCUACCUACUGUAAGAUGUUCGGAUGGAGAAAACCAAUAUGGUGGUGUAAUACUCCAAAGUUUUAUUAAAUAAUAUUGACAGCCAGAGAGUUGAUCAAACUAGUCUAGUUUAUCCUUCUAACUGGGACCAUAGAUACAGUAAAAUCAAUAAUACCUGAUCCCACUGGGAACAAAUGUUGACCCUCUAAGACUCUAUUUCAAAGUUACUUUUUUUUAAAUAUGUGUUUCUAACUCCGCCUCCUGUUGUCACUGAAAAUGAAGCCCCUACCCUUCGCAAGCUGUUAGUGACCUUGAGUAGGCUCUUUUCCUAUGGGAAAAGAACUGAUAAGGGGAGAGUUGGGCAACUUUUUGUUUUGGGAGCCUUCUCCAACCUUUGUGUUUCUCAUCCUUGAGAUAAAUACGUGUCUGAGGGAGGCUGUAGCCUUUUUGGUCUUUUGUUUCCAUAUCUGUGCUCAGUACCAGAUUGAUUAUCUCAGAGUGAAUAUCUUCCCAAGAAAAUAUGAAAUACAAUCAGACCUUAGCUGGGUCAAGCCAAUAUAUCUUUAACCUUGCUAAUUGGCACAUGUACCCAGGAAUUAAAUGAGUGAAAGUUAUCAGAACCUGACCUCAGCAGGGCUCAAGCCAAUACAUCUUUUCCUUUGCUAACACUGAUUACCAAAACCCUCUCAGGCACCCUGAGCUAGUCAUUAAAACAAACAACCUUGUCCAUGCCCUAGCACCUAAGAAAUGCUAUAUCAAAAAAAAAGUUUGGUUACUUUCCAAAAAGUAUAUUAAAAACCUUAAAAACAGUAAACAUCACAAAUAUAAUCUUACACUACCCAGUUCAUUCAUUAUUUACAAGCUGAUAACAAUCACCACAAAAUUACAUUUGUAUAGCGCCGUUCACA